UUAGGAUCAUUCACGAGAGUUUCAAAUAAUAAUAAUAAAAUAAUAAAUACUACUUAACACGAAAGGAAGUCAUAAAAAGGUAUUCAUUGGAAUAGACAACAGACAACUCCUAGUGAUAUAAAUCAAAUAGGAUCAUUUCAUGAGAGUUUCAAAAACUUGGCCAACUCAAAAAGAUCUUUCAAACUUUCAGACUUGUCUAGUUGACUUUCUAUCCCACAGCCAAUAAAAAGCACUUCAAAGUUUGACUUUUGGUUUCAUGUCUGCAAUUUCAGUCAAACCAAUCCUCUUCCAAGAAGUUCUUGUCGGUUCCCAAGUUUAUAAAUUUCGUUCUCCUUCACUUUUCCAAGGAAAAUCCGAUUCCUUUGUUCGUCCUAAAGCCUCAAAAUCCUCAUGGAGGUGACCGAAGAAGUUCAACUUCACACUACAGGUACAAUAUUUUUCACUUCUUAUAGGACGAAGAUAGAAACGUAAUGAUAUUUUGAGCUCGUGGAUUUUGAUCAGGUAACCAUAGAGACCAGAAUUCAAACAAAACCCGAAAGCUAGAACAAUACACGCGGUGGAUUCGCAUCGGGUUCUAUGCCCUUUUUCUCGUGUGUGGCCAAUCGGCUGCAACUCUCUUGGGAAGACUCUAUUAUGAUAAAGGAGGGAAUAGCAAAUGGAUGGCUACAUUGGUUCAAUCUGCUGGCUUCCCAAUUCUCCUUCCCCUCCUUUGUUUUUUCACCCAACCCACCAAAUCUUCCCCCAAACAGCCAAAUUUCCUCACAUUUGCCUUCAUUUGCUUUGCUUUUGGUGUUCUUUUGACAGGAGACAAUUUGAUGUAUUCUUAUGGCCUACUCUAUCUUCCUGUCUCUACUUACUCACUUCUUUGUGCAACCCAAUUGGCUUUCAAUGCACUUUUCAGCUUCUUCCUCAAUGCUCAAAAGCUCUCUCCUUAUAUACUCAACUCUCUCGUCCUCCUCACUGUCUCAGCUUCCCUUCUAGCUCUCAACUCCGAGUCCGAUUCCACAACUCAUUCGAGUAAAGGGAAGUACAUAAUCGGGUUCAUUUGCACACUCGGUGCAUCUGCGGCUUAUUCGUUGUAUCUUUGUCUUCUCCAGGUGUGUUUUGAGAAGGUUUUCAAGGGAGAAACGUUUGCCACGGUGUUGGAUAUGCAGAUAUAUCCUUCAUUCGUGGCAAGCUGCGGUUGUGUGGUCGGUCUUUUCGGAAGUGGUGAAUGGAGAGGUUUGGGAGAUGAGAUGAGGGGAUAUGGAGAAGGUAGAGUUUCUUAUGUGAUGACUUUGGUUUGGACUGCAGUGGCUUGGCAGGUCUCCUCCAUUGGUUUGUUGGGGUUGAUUUUUGAGGUGUCUUCGUUAUUCUCUAAUGUGAUUAGCACAUUGGCUUUGCCUGUUGUGCCAAUUCUAGCAGUGAUGUUUUUCCAUGACAAAAUGAAUGGGAUGAAGGCCAUGGCUUUGGUUUUGGCUCUUUGGGGAUUUGUUUCCUAUGUUUAUCAUAAUUAUCUUCAUGAGUCUAAAGCCAAGGCAACCUUACAGAGUGCUACUGAUAUCAAUGCAGUUUGAUAACAUGAUAAGUCUUAUGGUCAUGAACACGAGGGAGACGACGAACCACCUCCCUCCUUGAGGACGAACAAGAAGAAGA